UAGCGAAAGUAAUUUGAUUUGUCCAAUGGGUUUUGCCGUACAUCACUCUCCUCUCCCCUGCUGUGUUCCCCGGAAGUAACCGCGCUGGGCGGGAUGAACAGGAAGAAGAAGAUGGCGCAGUAUGGGGAGCAUCCGGAGUCAGUGGCGUAAUAUACUUGCAAGAGUUUUACUGCCAAGCGCCUGCAAAAACAGAAGCAGCAUGAAUAUUCCACACCCUGCAACGCCAAUUCCACCUGUCCACCCUGAUGUGCUGAUGAAGUCUCUGCCCUUCUAUGACGUACUCGAUGUCCUCAUCAAGCCCUCCAGCCUAGGAGCAAGUACUGCACAGAGAUUCAACCAAGAAAAGUAUUUUAUCUUUGCCUUGACACCACAGCAAGUGCGAGAAGUAUGCAUAUCCAGGGAUUUUCUUCCAGGCGGAAGAAGAGAUUAUAUGGUUCAAAUCCAAUUGAGGUUUUGCUUGUCAGAAACAAGUUGCCCCCAAGAAGACAAUUAUCCAAACGGUCUGUGUAUAAAGGUUAAUGGGAAACUUUUUCCUUUACCGGGUUUUGCACCACCUCCCAAAAAUGGUGUAGAACAGAAGAGACCAGGAAGACCACUGAACAUUACCUCAUUAGUGCGAUUGUCCUCUGCAGUACCCAAUCAGAUUUCAGUUACAUGGGCACCUGAAAUUGGAAAGACCUACUCCAUGUCUGUGUACCUGGUGAGGCAGCUAACGUCACCACUUCUCCUGCAGAGGUUGAGGAUGAAGGGCAUCAGAAACCCAGACCACUCCAGAGCACUAAGGACAGUGCAUAUGAAUAAACCAAUUGUACUAUGUGAUGUAUUCCAAUGUAACUUGUAUGCAUGUUCAAAAUAAGUGAAACCAUUACCAUAAUUUGGCUAAUUCAAUACUGUGUUCCCUCGUUUAUCGCGGGGGAUAGGUUCCCAAAAUAGCCUGCAAUAAGUGAAAUCCGUGAAGUAGUCAACUAUAUUUUUGUACGAAUAAACUUGUAAAACCCCUCACCAUACACUUUUUUUAGACAGGCAUUAACAUUUUAUCACAUUUCAUUGUUGUUUAAACACUCUCAAAGUUCAAAUACACUAGGUCCCCAACUUACGAACACAAUGUACGUGUAUACAUAUACAGUAUAUGUGUAUGUAUGUAAAUAUGAGUUUGGAUGUAGUAGUAAUAUUAAACGAAGACAAUUAAAGAAAAAAAACAAUAAUAAUAAAAAUGAUAUAAUAAUACGUAAUGAUAAAUGUUAUUUACCUUUGAAGAGGAUUGGUCGAGCAUACGUCGUUGGUUGUGGUGGAGGAGGAGGAGGAGUUAUUGAAAAAAAGGACAAAUGGUCGUCGUCGUUAGACUCUUCUAAAAGAGGUAGUGUUCUGUGGGUGGUGUAGAAUUAAGCAGGCCUAUUGACUCUUCAUAAACUUUAAUCACACGCUCUGUCUGGGUUGCAUCAUACAGCUACAAUUUAGCUUUGCAUUUCUCCUUUACACUCUCUCCCCACCGUCUUCCUGUUGGUCCCAUUAGCAGUGUCACAGUGCCCUCUACUGGUCAAGCAUGUAGCAGCAUAAAUAUGGAUACAAGGCAAAACACUUUCGCUUUCGCAUCUCCGAAUGUUUGCAAAUCGGAUGUUCGUAAGUUGGGUACCUCGUGUAUUAUUAGAAUUUUAAUGAUCAGCGUACGAGAUUGUACAUAAGAAAUUAAGUGACUCACACAUAUUUCACUUCUCUGAUCGUGGCUUGUCGUGGUGCCGUUAGACUGUAGCUUUUUUGUAUCCUUGUUAAAACAUAUUCUUCGUAUCGUCCUCCAUGCACCGAAGAUUCAUUUACAUUAUUCCAGGCUCCCUACAGCUGCGUAACUUCUGCCUUUAUUCAGCAUGUGUGAUUGCUAGCUGCUAGUAGGAAACAGGCAGUCCUGCACUAAGGAGAUUGAUUGACAAUGGUCUACAGCCAAUCAGAACGCAGAACACAAGGGACGAGUUCUUCCGCAGCCAAUCAGGACUUUUGUGGCUCUUUAGUUAGACAAACUGGACACGUCUUCAGCUCUCACAAGUGUACAACACCCUCUACCGGUAGCAGUAAUAAAUACAAUAACAGACACAUGCAACAGAGCACCGAUAGAUCACUGUAAUCCACCACAAGGGCGCAGAACACAAUGUACGUUCAUACGCUGUUAAAAAAAAGUGCAACAUUGCAUUUUAAAAAAUCCACGAAAGAUCGAAAGGUGAACCGCACUGAAUGCCAGAAUUAGCCGAAAGAUUAUUUUUCAUCAGUAGUCCCUAGGCCUGACCCCUUUUACUAUAAGUACAGUGGAACCUUGGUUAGCGUCUAACCGAAACGUACGCUGAAUACUGUAAGUCCACUUACAGUAAUUUGUUCCAGAAAGCCCAAAAUGUUAACACAAAACCCAUUUUCAUAGUUUUACAAUUAUACAAAGUUUUACAUGCAGAAAACAAUUAAAAAUGCAUUUAAUACAUAUAAAUGAUGAAUGAAAGGGAUAAAUAAAUAUUUAUGGUUACUUUUACCUUCAUUGUAGACGCGUGACAUGUGGCAACAAGAUGAGCAUUAUUUCUUGAAUUCAAUAGUUUUCCUCACCUCAAGGCUCUGUUUUUAUUUUGUCACUGGCUGCAAAAUAAGCCAAAAUGGAGCCAAAGAAAGUUGCAAAUGCCAGCAUUUUGAUAAAGAAGGUGAGAAACACUAUUGAAUUGAAGAAAUAACUCCUAACAAAACACCAAGGUGGUGUCCAUGCUGAUCUCGCUGCUAUAAAAAUAAAAUUUUUCCAAAAUAUACUUUACUUGGUUUGUUUAUACCUAUAAAAGACCCCCGAAUAUAAGAGUACCUGCUUUUUUUUUUUUUUUUUUUAGACUUUUCUCUCAAACGUUGAAUGAUAGUUUCUGCUAAGCUGUAAGUGAAAAAUGAGAGCAUAUUGUAGGAGUUUAUUUUCGUUAUUUGGAUCUAUGUGUUGUCAUUGAUGUCUCUGCAUACUCUGAGGGCUGUGUCGGACAAAAGAAUUUAACGGAACAUGUACAUGAAGUAGAAGGAAGACAACUUUUCCUUCAGAAUAUGUAGCUAUAUGGACGACUUAACAGACCAUCUUGGUCUGUGUUUCCGUUGUCUUGUUGAUUGUGGAGAAGGUAUAAAUAACAGGAAACUAGAAAAGACAGAUCUGGAAUCUGAAUAGCAGGCAUCAGUGAAUAAUACAUAAUAUCUGUGGGUGUGUAGUGGUAGAUGUGCUUGUGUGCGCCUUAUAACACAAACAGAAUGGGUCUAGUGCUCCAUGUAAGUGUGCACUGGUUUUUAAAGAUAAUGUACACGUCAUUGCACAAUUGAUAUCUCACUACAUUGUAGCUCAGAGGAGAGUUGCCGCUGGUGUACCCAGCAUGCCUUGUGGCUACUUACUAACUAACAGUUAAAGACAGUUACGUGUUUUUUGUUGUUACCCACAUAGAAUGGUAGUUCACUGUAGUUGUGUUUUAACUUACCAUUUACGUCAGGGGUCACCAACACAGUGCCCGCAGGCACCAGGUAGCCCCCCACGACCACAUGACGCACCCGCAGGCCUGCUUUUCAUUCAGGUUUUCAGUUAAUAAUGUGAGAACACGAGAAAGAAAAGUAUUCUGAAACAUAAAAUGUCAGUUGUGGAUACCAGCAUUUUGUGAAUGUUUUGGUAAAACAAGCAUAUUUGAUUUGUUUGGGUUGAAAUAAGGUAUGAAAAUCAUUUCUACAAAAAUGAGUAAGCUCGUGGCCAUUUUCAUUUUCUAAAAGUAGCUCUCGCAAGAAAAAACGGUCUGACUCAAAAUCUUUUUGUGUCAGACCUAAAAUAAAUAAACGAAUGGGCAACCCUGACACAUAUUGGACUUUGUUGUAUGUGUACAUGUUCAUAUUACAAUCUUUCUGCUACACUUACCUUGUUUUCUUGUCUAACAUUUAUAGAGAUAGGUACCAAGUUCAAACAUCGAUGUUGUUGUUUUGAGUGGCAUGCGUUUAUCCGGUAUGCAUUAUCCUUUGUCACACAUUUAAAUGCAAUACAUGUCAUCUGUGUC